AUGGGGAGAGUAAAACUUCAAAUUAAAAGAAUUGAGAAUACCGCUAACAGACAAGUCACUUUCUCAAAAAGAAGAAAUGGACUCAUAAAGAAAGCUUAUGAACUCUCUGUUCUCUGUGAUGUCGAUGUAGCCGUUAUCAUGUUUUCUCCUGCCGGGAGGCUUAGUCUCUUCUCCGGCAAUAAAAGUAUCGAAGACAUAUUAACACGAUAUGUUAAUCUUUCAAGGCGCGAGCGAGGACGUCUUCAUAAUGAAGAGUUUCUUCGCAGCAUUGCUGAUAAGCUAAAGGGCGAAACUAAUCAAAUGUUUCAAGCGAUGAGCCCAUUAAGUGCAGAUUUUGAGCAUGUGAAGAAGAUUCGACAAGAAAUAGUAAAUGGCGAGUCACAGAUGGAAGAAGUGAAAAAUCGACUCAGAAUAUAUGAAGGUGAUCUCUCUAAGAUGACAACUCUGCACGGGGUUGAGUUACAUGAGCAGAUCCUCGAAGAAACUCUUAACCGUCUACAUAUUCGCAAGGUACAUUUACUCGAUGCAAUACUUGUACAUUAAACCUUUGUAUGCGGCAAAAUCCAACUUUCACGAACUUAUGUUAAGCAGAAGCUUCUGAGGGCGACUAAUC